GUUUCCUGUGCUCCAGCCAGUGUCUGGAUGUAGUUUAUUUGCCCCGGGGCAUUCGUUGAGAAUAUUUAUUGUGGGGUUAGGGUGGGGUGCAGAGGAGGACUCCGCAAAGGCAAGGAUUUUUGGAGAAACCUGUGCAGCUGUGCCUCUGGUUGUCCCGGGGAACAGGGGGAGGAGACAGGUCCAUACUGAGUUCCCAUCUUCCGAGAAUCCUCUGAGGAUCCACAGCUUGCAGCUAGCGUGAGCCUAGGCUUAGCACAGAAUGGCUAGAGAGCCAGGAGGGAGCGCAGCCCUAAACGCUCGAUCUACCCAAGAGGGGAAUGGGCUUCUGGUGGUGAAGGUGGAACAGGAAGAGGCCUCCCCCUUGGCAGAGGAGGCCAGUUGGCUGGGCAGCCCUGGGCCCGACCGCUCCCGCCAGCGCUUCCGCGCUUUCCGCUACCCCGAGGCCGCUGGGCCCCGGCAGGCGCUGAGCCGGCUCCGGGAGCUCUGCAGACAGUGGCUGCGGCCAGAUAUGCACAGCAAGGAGCAGAUCCUGGAGCUGCUGGUGCUGGAGCAGUUCCUGACCAUCCUGCCAGGGGAGCUGCAGGCCUGGGUGCGCGAGCAGCACCCCGACAGCGGGGAGGAGGUGGUGGCGCUGCUGGAGUACUUGGAGAGGCAGCUGGACGAGACACCUCCACAGGUUCCAGCUCGUGAAUGGAGUCGAGAACUUCUCUGCUGCAAGGUGGCAUUGUUGACGCCAUCCCAGAACUCACAAAGUAGCCACUCCCAGGCGAUGAAGUGCCUGCUCAAGCAUGAGUCUCAGGAAUCUUUGGAGUGUUCGUCCUUACAAGCAAGAGGCCUGGAAAUGGAGACCGAAACCAGGGACUUGUCUCCAGCUGAGGAAUACACAGAACAAAAGCCUGAGCAGCCAGUGUGCUUCCUGACUGAAAACACUGCUCAGGUUCCUGCAGGUGCAGAAGCCAGUGAGCAGGAAGGCAAGUCACAGACAACACAGAAGAAUGCCACAAGGAGUAGGCGACACUAUUGCCAUGAAUGUGGAAAGAGUUUUGCUCAAAGUUCAGGCCUGACCAAACACAAGAGAAUCCACACUGGAGAGAAGCCCUACGAAUGCGAAGACUGUGGGAAGACCUUCAUUGGGAGCUCUGCGCUUGUCAUUCAUCAGCGAGUUCACACUGGCGAGAAGCCAUAUGAGUGUGAAGAAUGUGGCAAGGUCUUUAGUCACAGCUCGAACCUCAUCAAGCACCAGAGAACCCACACUGGGGAAAAGCCCUACGAGUGUGAUGACUGUGGGAAAACCUUCACCCAGAGCUGCAGUCUCCUUGAACAUCACAAAAUUCACACUGGAGAGAAGCCAUACCGGUGCAAGUUGUGUGGCAAAGCCUUUAGGCGUAGCUCCCAUCUCCUGAGACAUCAGAGGAUCCAUGGUGGUAAAACUGCCCACAAGCCUCUGCAUGGAGAGGCCCGGGAAGGUCAGAGUAGGGUGGAAAGCCAAUGGGAUGAUACUAAAACUCCCGUAACUCAUCAAUGCAAUGAGUGUGAGAGAAGCUUCACUCAGAAUAGAAGCCUUAUUGAACAUAAAAAAAUCCACACUGGUGAGAAACCCUACCAGUGUGAUGCAUGUGGAAAAGGCUUUACCCGAACUUCAUACCUUGUUCAACAUCAGAGAAGCCAUGUGGGGAAAAAAAUUGUAGCACAGUGACUGGUAUGAUACCUGCCAGAGAUGGUGCUCACUUGUCAGUGAGCUGAAGAUACUCUGGAGCCCUUACUAACUGCAGAAGUGGGGAUAUUGCCAAUACACACCAUCUACUGUUAGUUGUUAUAAUCUGGCUGAGGUAAUUAUCUUUUAUGUUCUAAAAGUAACUGGAAUUAGACUCAUUAAUAGGCAGAUAUGAGAGUGUUCUCUUGAUGAGGUAGCACUGAAGUGUUUUGUUCCCACUCUUUGGAUCUACAAGGCCUUCUAGAACAGUUGCCCUUAGCCCGCACAUCUUUCUCCUGGUGGAUGGUUCCAGAGUUUGGGGCAUACUCUUCUUACUAUUUGUUUGUCAACAUGAGGCUUUCAUGCUUUGGUCAGAUUCCUGAGGUCUUGGCCUCCUAAUGUGCCUUGUGUUAGUAAACAUUUACCACAGGGACUGAUGAAGUGAAUGAUCUUUAAAACUCUAAAACUCUGUGUCUAGAUUUCUGAAAAAGUUCUAACAUGGGCCAUUUGUGUUUGCAUCUAAUUUGCUGAGGUUCUAGACUCUGAGUCAGUCCUACAGAUUUCAUACUAAGUAUGUAAUGUUACAGAAUUUGAGUUGGUGAUUCCAUGUAUCUUCAUGAAAAUAAAGAGUACAGUAAGAAUGCCUUAAGCAACAUCUGAAGACGUAGGGAGACUUCCUGUCCAUAAAACUCCAUUAGUGCACAUUUAGUUUUUCACUCUUUACAGUAAAAAUUUUUAGUCAGGUAAAUAAAUAGCAAUUCUAUCUUCAUAGGACAAACUAUUUAAUUAGAAUUUCUAUUGCUGUGAAAGGCACUAUGACAAAAAGCAACCUGGGGUGAGUGGAUGGGGGUUUAUUUCAACUCACAACUCAUUUGUUUCCACUCCAUCACUGAGGGAAGUCAGGGCCGGAGCACAGGGCAGGGACCUGGAGGCAAAAGCUGAAGCAGAGGCCAUGGAGGAAUGCUGCUUACUGGCUUGCUCAGCCUGCUUUAUUCUAGCACCCAGGACCACCAGCCCCGGGGUAGCACCACCCAUGGUGAGCUGGGCCUCUGACAUCAAUUAUCAAUCAAGAAAAUACCCCACAGACUUGCCCUACAGGUCAGUCUGGUGGCAAUAUUUUAUAAGUCCAGGUUGCCUUUUCCCAAAUGACUAUUUUGUGUUGAGCUGACAUAAAACUAGCCCGCACAAUAAAUGAUGGCGCAGUUGAUGUAUUGUCUAUACUGCUCAAUGUAUCAGUUACUUUCCCCAGGGCUGUUAUCAGAAACCUGAGAAAAGCCACUUAAGGGGUAAAGGGUUUGUUUGGGUUCAGGCUUUGAGCUGAUACAUUGUGGUAGAGAAGCCAUGCUGGCAGAAAUGUGAGUCAGCUGGUCACACUGUGUCUGAAGACAGGAAGCAGAGAUCAGUGCUGAUGUUCUGCUGGCUUCCACUUUUUUUCCUUUUAAUUCAUUUCUGGACCUCAGGCCUCGGGAUGGUGCUGCCCACAUUCAGGCUGAGUCUUCUUUCUGGAUUCACCUUCACAGACAUGCCCGUAAUGUGUCUCCUAGGUGAUUUAAAAUCCAGUCAAGUUAACAAUGAAGAUAGAUAAUCACACUCAGCAUCUUGCUUCUCACUUUUCCCGUACCUUGGCCCUAGCCAGAUUUUAGCACAUAUUUUGUAUCCCUUUCCUUUUGGUAUCAAACUGAAUAAAGGCUAUGCUAGCUGAGCUCAAAUUGCCUCCAGGCCAGAAGCUUCACACCAAAUAGUCAUCCUCAUUAUUUAUGCCUUCAAAACUGCCCUGUGGGUUGGAGAACAGUAAGUGAUGGGUGAGGGGUAUUAACCCCAGUGGAGACUGUAGGAGAACACAUGUCUGCUAGGAAGCAGGUUGAGAAUCUUGGAUGGAAAAUGCUCCACAGGGUGAACCUGGAAGUCAUGGCUCAGUGCUCUGUGAGUUAGUCAUAAGAAGUAAGGUUUUCUAAUGAUAGCCCACAUAGUUCAACCCAAUCGUCUGGUCCUUUUUGUGAAAUGACGCCGUGCUUUGGUAAAUCAUCAGCAUGCUGUUCUUGUCUACUCCAAAACAGCACCUGUUUAUGAAUUCCUGUUUUGAAGUCUCAUGAGCUGACUUCUGGCUUUCAAAACUUAAGGGUUCUCCCUUUAAUAAUGCCCCAGAAUCCUCCAUUGCCUUCAUUAUCCCGUCAUUUCUGCCUUGUUAACACUAAUUGAGCCUUCCAAAAUUCUCUAGACUUGACCAUGGAAUCUUCUGGAAUUUAAUUUGUUUCUCACUUGUGCUGUCUUCGUGAAGCUGCUCAGCAAUUACUCUUCCCCUUUAGUAUUUUUCUAGGUUCACCUGUUUAAAGCCAAGUUGAGACAUGGUAUCAAAGUCAAGCAGAUUUAAAAUAAGUUAUAUGACAAUAAAUUAAAAAAAUAUUUGCUUUAGCCCUAAAACUUCAAUACUCAAAUUCUUUAUGGACUACUUGGCUUAUUUUUUUUUUGGUCUUUAAUUUGCUUGGCUGUUACCUGACUGUUUGUGAAGUCCUUUUAUAAAUCAGAAAACUUGGUGCAAGUGUGACUUACAUUAACCAAGAAGCCCUGUACCUCCUUUAGGCUUCUGAGCCUAAAGCCUCUCUGCAGAGCAGGGAAAUAUAGAAAAGUGUUCACUCUUCUAGACACUGAGAUUGACUUAUAAAGCACACAAAAAUGCUACUUUGCAUGUUUUACUAAAUAAUUUUUAGGAAUUUUGUGUUGACUGGUUGACUAUUCAGUUUCAUUUUUCCAACUGAAAUGAGACAACCUAUCGCUAUUCGUUUCCUUCUGUUCCUUUCUUUCUCAUUUAUUUAUGUUUGUUUUAUGUUCAUUAUUUAUUUAUUUAUUUAUUUAUUUAGAGUCAUGUGGCCCUGGAACUCCCUAUGUAAACUAGACUGGUGUUGAACUUACAGAGAUCUUAGUACUUGGAUUAAAGGCACGUGCCACAAUGCCUGAUUUGUAAUGUUUUUAUUUAUUUAUUUUUUUGUCAGAUUAUCUUUGGAUUGCCAACCUCCAAAUAAUGACAUGGAGACUUAUUAUUAAUUAUUGUAGUUAUUAAUUAUGAAAGCUUGGCUUAUUUCCAACUGCCUCUUAUAACUUAAUUAGCCAUUAUUUUUUAAUCUAUGUUCUUCCUUGUGGCUCGGUUACCUCUCCUCAGUAUGGUUCAACUUUCUCCAAGUCAGCUGGUGAAAUCCAUGUGCCUGGAUUCUUCUUCCUUUUCCUCUCUCUCCCUAGAAAUCCUGCUUACUCUCUCCUGCCUAGCUAUUGGCCAUUCAGCUCUUUGUUAAACAAAUCAGAAGGCACCUCAGCCAAGACAUAGCUUCACAGUGUACAGAAAGAUUAUCCCACAACAUGAAUUAACUUAUUCAUUUUCCUGUCUCUUAUUUGAGUAAGAAUUGGUUGUGGUACCUUUCCUCUUCUCCGGUAGAAUGGUAAGAACUUUCAGUGAAUGACCCAUCUAAAUUUCUUCUUUUUCUCAUUUUUAAUUUUUUUUUUUUUGUGUGUGUGGUGCUGGGAUUUAUCCCAGGACCUUGAGUAUCUGAAAUGUCCUAUCACAGAGCUAUCUUCAUGCCUCUUUUUGCUUUUUAUUUGGGGACAGGGUCUCACUUCUCACUAAAUUGCCCAGACAGGCCUUGAAUUCACUCUGUGACCCAUGCUGGCCUUGAACUCACUUUGUAUCUCAGGUUGGCCAUGAACUAUUGAUCCACCUUCCUCAGCCUCCUAUGUAUCUGGAAUUGUAGAUUGAUAUCACCAGGUCCAGCUAGAUUUCUUCAUUGUCUUGGCAAGGAACAUAUAUUCCUGUGAAAGGUUUUCUCUGCCUCUUCCUUUACUGGAUAAAAGAAAUAGGAGUCAUAACUUACCUCAUAAGGUUGUGAUCAUAUGCUUAUACAAGCAAGAAGUGUUAUGUGAAUAUUCUGGAAAUGCAUAUUGGUAUAGAAAUGGAGAUGAAACAAUUUGUUAUCUAAAACCUCUGUUAGAAGUAUGUUUGUUAAUUGUAUUUAUAGGUUUCUUAUAGCUUUGUGAUGGUGUUGCUCUUCUUGCAAUCUAGUUUGUGUGAUCAUCUUCUUAGAGAUCAAUAAUGAGGACUUCAACCACUAAGAAACUUAGAUAUCUAUUUUUCUCCUUCAAUUCACCUUUGUUUUUCCUGUGAUGGUCAAAAGUAGGUUUGGCAGAUUCAUCUGAGGAAGGUUUGUUUUUUUGUUUUUGUUUUUUCCAGUCAGCUUUAUGUACUGUCUGCACAUUUCAAUAAUUUCUGCCACAGAAACUUGUUCCAGAUGACUUGCUUUUUGUGAGCGUUAUGUCUCUGUGAGAAAUACUCUGACAAAAGCAGCUUAGGGCAGGAAGGGUUUGUUGGACUUUCGGUUCCCGGGCACAGUCCAUCCUUGUGGAGCGGUCCGGGUUGGACUUUCGGUUCCCGGGCACAGUCCAUCCUGGUGGAGCGGUCCGGGUGGCAGGAACUUGAAGUAGCCAGUCAUACCACAUCCACUGUCAGGAGCAGAGAGCAAAGAACCAGCUGGAGUUCCCCACGCUUACACAUUUCAGAAUUCCCUUCCUAGAGGAUGGUGCCACUCACAAAGGGUGAAUCUUCCCACCUUGAUUAACAUGAUCGAGAUUAUCCCUUGUAAUAAGCCCACAGGCCAACCUAAUCUAGACAAUCUUUCCUUGAGUGUCCUGGAGUGAUUUUAGUAUCAAGUUGACCAAUAAAACUAACUGGCACAUUGACUAUAGAAACAUGUUUUUUGCGUUUGUGUCUACUCAUACUUUUUUCAUGGUUUCUGGGGUUAGUGAUUAUUCCCUGUUUACAACACCAGUCAAUCAAUCCAAGAUGCUGGAGUUUGAACACAGCAAGUUUCUGUCUUCUUUCUCGAUUAAGCGUUGAACACAGAGAAGUCAGGUGUGGUAGUACAGGACCAUAUUCCCAGUGUUUAUGAGAUGGAGGGAGGAGCUCAGCUUCAUGGUAAGUUUGAAGUCAGCCUGGGAUGGAUACAUGAGAGCUUGUCUCGAAAACCAAAGAAACACAAAAAGAUGUCAUAUAUUCUUACCCACUCCGUGUGUUUCCUUAUUAGAGUUUAGGUAAUUAUCUAAAAAUACAUACAUAUAUAUAUGGAGAUAUAUGAUUAUAUAUCUUCCAAAUCCUUGAGGUGUUCAUUUGCUCACUUGUUGCUUUUGAGAAACCAGUCCACCCACUGCUUAGUCAGCUGUUAGAUCCACACAAAGAGAGUGUACUACCUUGCCUAAGACUACGAAAUUCUCCAUGUUCUUCCUGCUGCCCCUCAGCAUCCCCUUGUUGCUAGAGUUUUCCUGCCUGGCCCACAGUCAGGGCAAAUCUCUCUCACCCGCCAGUCCCAAGCCGCUCAAACCCGAUCAAGUAAACACAGAGACUUAUAUUGGUUACAAACUGUAUGGCCGUGGCAGGCUUCUUGCUAACUGUUCUUACAGCUUAAAUUAAUCCAUUUCUAUUAAUCUAUACCUUGCCACAUGGCUUGUGGCUUACUGGUACUUUACAUCUUCCUUAUCCUGAUGGCGGCUGGCAGUGUCUCUCCCACCCAGCUUCCUGUUCUCUCAAUUCUCCUCUCUGUUAGUCCCGCCUAUACUUCCUGCCUGGCCACUGCCAAUCAGUGAUUUAUUCAUUGACCAAUCAGCAACACAUUUGACAUACAGACCAUCCCACAGCACUUCCCCCUUUCUUUUCUUAAAAAGGAAGGUUUUAACCUUUACACAUCUCCAAAGUCAGCUUGGUAUAUUUGGGAAUUUGGGCGUAGCUUUUCUUACUACUUCCUGCUAGAGGGGGGCGCUGUAUCUUCUGGGGAAACAAAGAAAAUUUUAGGAUCAUGGAGUAGUCCGUGAGGCUGUAUCAUCUGAGCCAGUUGCCUUGAAACGGUUCUGGAUGUUGGAUCAUCUGGGCCAUGGUGUCAUCGGAGACCUUUCAGGUGGUCUUGGCUGGUCAAACCUGAUGUAUCUUACUCUGGAACAAAUCCAUAGCCUCUUGCUUUCUGUGGAAACAAAAGAGACUCUUUUCCAAAGCAACAUAUCCUUACAUCCAAAUUUUGAAGUCAAAGUAUCUUUAAAAUAUACAUACUGGUUUAACUCAGCUUCCUUUACAAUCAAAUAUCUCUCUGUAGUUAAGAAUCCCAAAGACAACACAAUCCAGACUCUCUGUGUAAUAGUCAUCUCUACGUGGCUUAUGUUUUAUAUUAAUUUUACUGUCUCUUUAAAGACUUUAUUUUUUAAAACCAUGUAUUUGUUUCUGUAACUGUAUAUAUUACCUUUUUAAUCUCUUUCAAGCCUAUGUAUAUUUUACACACAUUUUAAACUAUUACAUCUGAAUCUGUCUUAUUGUGAAUCUAUUGCCUUAAACUGCAGCAGCUGUGGCUGCUGGCUCCGCCCACCUCAGCUUCCCAACAUGGCGGCGGUAGGCUUACCGCCAGCUCUAGGAGCUAUGGUGGGUCUAUGCUUUUAUCCAAGCAGCGUGUAGCCCAGAAACCUCUUUUUUUGUUUUGUACUAGCAAAGGCUAAAUCCACCAAGCAGCUUAAUGUGCCACUUGCAGAGGCCUCAUUCCCGCCAUACCGCAGGUCAAGCAUGCACACUAGGAACCCACCAGUAGCUCAAACCGGCAGCUGCCGCUCAUUUGAGAGAGACAAUUAGGAACUGUUUUUAGCACCGUUUUAGAAUCUUUUCUCAGUUUUUAGGUGGAAACUCUUGCCACCACGUUGGACGCCAUUUGUUGCUAGAGUUUUCCUGCCUGGCCCACAGUCAGGGCAAAUCUCUCUCACCCGCCAGUCCCAAGCCGCUCAAACCCUUUCCCCCUAUAAAGGCUGCAUAAUCAAUUAUCAUCAGCUCUCCUUUCUGCUUUGUUGACUGAGAGUGCAUGUCUACAAAAACCCUUUGGGAGAAAAUGUGACAACAUCCUAUGUAUAAAUAGACCAAAGUGCAGAAAUGCCCUCUUAGAUAUUGAAUACACACAGCAUGGUGGACCCAAAAUUAUAUAUAGACAUUCUUCCAGCUUGAUCUCUGUUGCUGUAAGAAACACCAUGGGGUGGAAAGGGUUUAUUUGGCUUAUACUUUCAGUCACAACCCAACAUUGAGGGAAGUCAGGGCAGGAACUGGAAGCAGAAACCACAAAGGAAUGCUACUUAUUGGCUCCCUAGUUCUGCCCUUCUUAAAGUCCAGGCCCACCUGCCUAGGAUUGGUACUGCCCACGGUGGGGUGACCAUCCUGCAUCAAUUGGCAAUCAAGAAACUGCUGCCAGGCAUGCCCGAGUGUUGUAGGACUCUAUCAGAGUCACUAUACCUAGGGUGAACAUUAGAAGGCACGGUUGUUUUCUAGAAGUACUUAGACCUUGAAGGAAUCAUUGUGGAAAACAGUGAUUGUUUUCUGUGAUUUGUAGAACUGUUUUUCUGAGGGAACUUUACAGCCUUUGCAUGACUGGCCACAAGACCGGCCUGGCACACCUGGAGCUCUUGGACUAUUGGGUACUGUAAAUGGUAUGCAGUAAGACUGAAGUGGUGGGGGUGUGCUUUCCUUCAGAAAAACAAUAUAGAUUAGACCAGGGACUUUGGUAUUAAGAACUUGUUUGCCCCAAAGCCAACUUUGUGUAACAGUCAAUAAAUAAUGCCGUUGAACGGCUGCUGGAGGUUCAGUUCACCAGAAGCUGGACCUUCCUGCUGCCGCACAAGUGGAAAAAAUUCAUCUUUCUUCCACCAACUCAAGCAACACAGAACACCCGACACCCAAGACCAAUCUGAUGGAGGCAAUCCCUGAAUGCUAUUUCCUCAGAUAACUGGAUCAACUUGACAGCUGAAGCUAACUAGGAGAGAUAUAUUUACCACUUUUUGCAAAUAGCACUCAUACAUACAUAUACAUUGUAUCAUGCCCUUUUUUCCCACUUAACAAUUUAUCUUUGUUUGACCUCAAAACCACAAACCCAAACUAAAAAGAAACAAAACAAAAAUAAUAUAUGCCUGAGAUCUUAAUUUUCUAUCAUUUGCUCACUUUAUUUUAAGAAAAAUAUACAAAAUCUAGUAACAGUGUCUGGUGUGAAGGGUAAUGGAUGAGAAUUUUUGCUGUGUAUAUUUUUGUAUUUUCUGAAUUGUGUGAAUGCAGUACUUGCCAAAAUAGAAAUAAUAAAAUAAAAAUGUGAGGAAA